UAACGUGUCAUCGACCAAACGGUUAAUCUACUUCCAUCCGUCGUUUUUCACUCCCCGUCUUGUUCGUGCUCUCAAUGCCUUGCCAACAUCAUAAGAUUUUCCAAAACCAACAACACGAACCCGACGAAUUAUCUCAAAAACAAUUUCCGGGUUUUUCAUUUCAGUCCAAAAUCUCAGAUGGGUCGUCGGCAGAGCGACUCAGAACUCGGCCGUCUCGCACUUCUGGCCCUUUUCCUGAUGGGCGCAAUCUUCUGCUGCAUGGUGUACCUGUUCCUCGCUGUGGCCUCAAAACCGAGCGGCAUAACAUCAGCUGAUUCGGUUUCGGAAUUCGGAGACGUUGGAUGGAGGAGUGGAGAAGAAGAUGGAGAAUGCUGCAGAGGGAUUGAGAAUUUGGAGCUCUGGGGUGAUGCUGUGAAAUGGGGUUCUGAGUUUAAGGUGAAUUCUUCUAAAGAGUGCUGCAUGGCUUGUAAGGAUAUGUGUGGGGAUCGAGAUGAGCAUUGUUUGUGUGACAGUUGGGUGUUUUGUGGGGAUAGAGAGGCUUGUGGACUUAGACAUGGUGAGUGUUGGUUAAAGAAACAGAAGGAUACCUUGGACCCUGAUCGGAAAGACUCAGGUGAUCUGAUUGCAUGGACUUCUGGACUUGUCUUUGGAAAAGGAGAGGGUAUUGUCGGCUUGGAAACAGAGUAUGGGACUCUUCAUAUAAAGCUCCGUCCUGAUUGUGCCCCUCAUUCUGUUGCCUACAUUCUUGAGCUGUUGCAAGUGCCCCAUUAUGCAGGCUGCCAAUUUUAUCGUGCAGAAAAGCGGGGAAGCUUUUGGGACUCACAAGGAAACCACGUAAAAAAUGCUCCGUUUGGCCCGCCUUUCGCGCUAAUACAAGGAACGCUCGCAGCGCACGGGUUCGUAUUUAAGGAGAUUCCAGCAGAGGUGUCUCGCACCAUCAGAAGAGGAUCGGUUGCCUGGAUUGGUUCCGGUCCAGAAUUCUUCAUCAGCCUAGCCAACCAUUUUGAGUGGAAAAAAGCUUACACUGUUUUUGGUUCCGUUCUUCCUGAAGACAUGGAAAUCGCCGAGAAACUUGCCCAGCUUCCGACCAAACAAGAGGUCUGGAGCAACAUCAAUGUCUCCGUCUUGGAGAGUCCUGUCGCUUUAUGGUUCCGAAGAAUCAAGCCGGAAUCAUGAUGUUGCAAGGUUCGCCGGAAUAAUGACAUUGCCAGGUUCGAUGCCUACAUAAACACGCAUCGUGCUCAGUGUGGUGCUGCUUUUCUUGGGCUUUCUACUUAAAACAUGUCGGCGAAGAAAAUGCAAGUUUCUAGUUGUUCGUCCUUACUAGUUAGAUUUGUUGCCUAUUCAAUUUGUAGAUAAAGAGAGUUCCCAGAAAUUGAUUCUCUAAUUUUGACCGUUAUAGUCCUCGCGCGAGCAUGUUUGGUAUUCUUCUUGAAUUCAUUUUUGUUUUCGAAA